UUCAGUCCAGAGUCAGGACACGAGCACUUUCGGGUCCCACGAGAGCGUUAUCGUUAAAGGGACGAGUUCGACUUGAGCGAUAGGAGUACAAACUUUGGCGUGUACCUUUAACUUGAAUACUACUAUGGAGCAUCGAGUGACAACGUUUUUCUUGGGAAUGUGUUUGUUGGCUUCUCAAUGGAUGACUUGCGAGUCCAGGAACAGCGUACCUGAGAACCUGGACCAGAGCAUUUCGGAGCUUACUAAGUUUUAUGGGGAGAAAGGUGGCGAUUUGCACAACGGACAACCCGUCUUUUUGUUGGUGCUGAAAGAUUUAAAGGUGAAGUUUGAGGAAACUGAACAGAAGCUGCUGAUGAGUAUUAUAAUAGAAACGUACAGUAGGAUCUUCACCCGCAUGCAAAAUGAGAGCAAGGAUGAAGAUGUAAGAGAGAAACUGGACCACGUCCUCGAUCACCUGAACAAAAUCCGAGAAAACUACUUCCCGGGCAAGAGCGCUGAGCUCAAGACCUACGCUGAAGUUUUAUGGGCCAUCAAGGAAAAUGACCCGAUGGUCCAGCGCAAAGCAUUGUUCGAGCUGAAGAAAGUCUACAGGGAAGCGACGCAGCUGAGACACGGGAAUAAUAAAGACCGCAGGAGACGUCAAACCAAAAACUUAAAGCGGCAGAAGUCGGAUAGGUCCUAGUGUUGAUCAUUUUUUGAAAAUAGUGGAAAAUCAAUUCUAUUUAUUUUAUUUAUAAAACAAAUUGUGUAUUUGAAAACGUAUUAAAACUGACAAUAUUUAUUUGUUCUUAUUUAUUUAAUUGUUUAAAUCUCAGGGCUAUAAUUUGCUAGUUAUGACAACUAGCGAGAGUGGU